CCUAUCUCUGAUCUGUUUCGAUUUUUUUGGUCUGGCUGGAUGAAACAUUCAUAUAAAAGAACGUUUACAAUGCUCAAUUACCAUUCCCCUCAUCUUCUUUCACCAUGUCUCAUCUUCCCAACGAACCCGAAUUCCAACAAGCUGUCAGCGAACUCGUCUCCUGCCUUGAGAACUCCAAGCUCUUCAAGAUCCACCCUGACUUGAGACGCUGCUUGGAAGUCGUUCAAGUUCCCGAGCGUGUCAUUCAAUUCCGUGUUGUCUGGGAAAACGACAAGGGUGAGCUCCAGCUCAACCGUGGUUACCGUGUCCAAUUCAACUCUACCCUCGGUCCCUACAAGGGCGGUCUCCGUUUCCAUCCCACUGUCAACUUGUCUAUCCUCAAGUUCCUCGGUUUUGAGCAGAUCUUCAAGAACGCUCUUACUGGUUUGAGCAUGGGUGGUGGCAAGGGUGGAUCUGACUUCGACCCCAAGGGCAAGUCUGAUGCUGAAAUCCGUCGCUUCUGCGAGUCUUUCAUGCGUGAACUUUCCCGUCACAUUGGUCCUAACGUCGAUGUCCCUGCUGGUGAUAUCGGUGUUGGUGGUCGUGAGGUUGGCUACAUGUUCGGUGCUUACAAGAAGUACCGCAACGCCUGGGAAGGUGUUCUUACCGGAAAGGGUUUCGACUUUGGCGGUUCUUACAUCCGUCCCGAGGCCACUGGUUACGGUCUCGUCUACUACGUUGCCCACAUGAUCAAGUAUGCUUCCGCUGGCAAGGAAUCUUUCGAUGGAAAGACCGUCUCUGUCUCUGGAUCCGGUAACGUUGCUCAAUUUGCUGCCCGCAAGGUCAUUGAACUUGGUGGCAAGGUUGUUUCUUUCUCCGACUCCCAGGGUACUCUCUUGAAGGAGGCUGGUUUCACCAACGAGGACAUUGAUGCCAUUGCUGACAUCAAGCUUAAGCGCAAGGCUUUGACUGAUCUCCUUGAGCAGAACGCUGACCUCAAGUCCCAGACCAAGUACCUCAAGGGUGAGCGCCCAUGGAAGCACAUCAAGGUUGACGUCGCUCUUCCUUCUGCUACCCAAAACGAAGUUGACAAGGCUGAUGCUGAGGCCCUUGUUGCCGGUGGAUGCCGUUUCAUCGCUGAAGGUUCCAACAUGGGAUGUGACUUGGAUGCUAUCGCUGUCUUCGAAAGCUCCCGUCUCGAUACCAAGUUGACCAAUGGUGGCUGCUGGUACGGUCCCGGUAAGGCCUCCAACUGCGGUGGUGUCGCUGUCUCCGGUUUGGAAAUGGCCCAAAACAGCCAGAGAAUCCACUGGACUCCCGAGGAAGUUGACAAGAAGCUUGGUGAUAUCAUGAAGAACUGCUUCGAGAACUGCGUUGAAACCGCCGUUGAAUACGCUGACGAGAGCGUUGAAUACCGCACCAACAAGCACACCACUGGCCACUUCCCCUCUUUGGUCCAAGGUGCCAACAUUGCUGGUUUCGCCAAGGUUGCCAACGCCAUGCACGAUCUCGGUGACUGGUGGUAAAUUAUUCGCCUCUCCGUUAAUCUGUAAAUAACUAGUCUCGCUCUUUUCACACAAACGAAAAGCUUUUAAGCUAGCCAAACUUACCCCCUCCCUCCCCUUCUGAAAUUGUUUUCUACUGUAAACUAUACAUUAUUCAUCUUUUAUAUUCUGGAAUAGAGCGUUGAACG